CUCCAGCAAAAGGAGCAAAGUCCUCUUUUCCAAGAAGAAGAGGCCUGGAUAUUUUAGUUGCCCAAGGAGGCUUUUGGCUAGUCACCAUGGAAGUAUCCCUGGUGGUAUCCCAGGUGACCUGGAUCUUGCUAAGCGUGCUGGUGGCUUUGCUCCUCGUGGCUUUCCUCUUGUAUGGCUCCUACAUCAAAUCUGUCCACAGAAAGUAUGAUCACAUCCCCGGCCCUCCAAGGGACAGCUUUUUCCUAGGUCACAUUCCUACCCUUUGGAGAGCCUUUAAAAAGGAGAAACACUAUUACGAUCUCUUUGUUCAGUGGGCUGAGGAACAUGGACCAUUCGUGCGUUUGAAUAUUCUUCAUAAAGUCACACUGUUAGUUAUGAGUCCUGAAGGAGUAAAAGAGUACCUGAUGUCAACGGAGUACCCAAAGGACCCACAUAUAUAUGGUCGUCUUUACCACAUGUGUGGAGAAAGAUUUCUAGGGUCUGGCUUAACUGCUUCUCUUGAUCAUGACCAUUGGAUUAAGCAGCGGAAAAUUAUGGGCCCAGCUUUCUCAAAGAGCUACAUCCAAGGUUUGAUAGGAACCUUUAAUGAUCAAGCCGAAGAACUAAUGAAGAAGAUGGAAAAACAAGCAGAUGGAAAAACCAAAGUGGAUGUGAUGAACCUGCUGAGGCGAAUAACCCUGGACAUUAUUGCAAAGGUGGCUUUUGGCUUAGAACUGGAGACUCUACAUAAUGAUCAGACACCUUUUCCACAUGCCAUGAACAUGGUCACAGAAGGACUGAAGAAUGUACGUGUUCCUUUCUUUCAGUAUCUGCCUUGGAAUAGAAAAAUUGUGAAAGAGAUUCAAGAAAGUGUGAGGCUGCUGCGUCGUACAGGAAAGGAAUGUAUCGAACAAAGGCAAAAGGCCAUGCAGAAUGCAAAAGAGGUCCCCUUAGAUGUCCUCACUCAGAUACUGAAGACAGCAGCUGAAGAAGAGGAGUCUGAUAUGGAAAGUAUGCUGGACAAUUUUGUCAACUUCUUCUAUGCAGGUCAUGAAACAACUACUAACCAGUUAGCUUUUACCAUAAUGGAACUGGGACGACACCCCGAGAUAGUUGCAAAACUUCAGGCUGAAGUGGAUGAUGUCAUUGGUGUGAAGAAAAACAUUGCCUAUGAAGAUAUUAGGAAACUCAAAUACUUAUCACAGGUUCUCAAGGAAGCCCUGCGGUUGUACCCACCAGCGACAGCCACUUUGCGUUGGACAGAAAAGGAAAACAUAAUUGAGGGAGUCAGAAUUCCAGCAAACACCUCGCUGACUUUCUGCAUGUAUAUCAUGGGACGCUUGGAUAAGUUUUUCAAAGACCCUCUCGUCUUCGAUCCCGACCGAUUUAGGAAAGACCAACCAAAGCCAUACUUUACCUAUUUUCCAUUUUCCCUGGGACAUCGUUCCUGCAUUGGGCAGAGAUUUGCAGAGAUGGAGGCCAAAGUGGUGAUGGCCAAAUUUCUGCAGAGGUUUGACUUCCAGCUGGUUCCACCACAGAGCUUUAAAGUUUUGGAUGCGGGAACGUUGAGGCCGUUAGAUGAGAUUGUAUGCCAAUUAAAGCCACGCCACCACCUGUCUGGUUAUGAAGAGUAAACAAAAC